AUUUGCGGUGAAGCACAGACACUGUCACUUCUGUCCUUUGCCAUCCUGCAACUGUAGAUUAUCUGAAUUGGUUUCCGCCUGCCGAAGGAGCUGUCAGCGGCAAGGCGCUGUGCUGGUGCUGGGGUGAGGAGCGAACCCUCAUCCAGGAAGUACUGACUGACAACACUUCUGAAAGUCACACCGACAUCUCCGGAGUUGGACUUAAUGUUCACGGAAGCGUGGAUUUCUCCAGCAAUACGUUCAGUGGUCAUGAUGAGGAGGAACAAGCUGUAGACACUCACCGAGCCUGGAAAGAACAGCACACACCUCACACACAGGCUGUGAGCUCCUGAUGGUCCGUGCUGACCCCGGGGGGGUGUGUGUGAGGAGGGCGUGUUCCGCUACCAGAAGCUCCCCUCUCCUCCACAUGUCUAGCCAAUGAUGCCCUCAUCCACCAGGAAGGGGGCGGCGCCCAAGGAGCCGGAGCCGGCCGACCUGUUCUUCAAGGAUGACCCUGCCGAGGUGUUCUGUGACCUGCACGAGAUCGGCCAUGGCAGCUUCGGGGCCGUGUACUUUGCACGUAACUCUUACUCCAAUGAGGUGGUGGCCAUCAAGAAGAUGUCCUACAAUGGCAAACAGACCACCGAGAAGUGGCAGGACAUCAUUAAAGAGGUCAAGUUUCUGGAACAGCUGCGUCACCCCAACACCAUUGAGUACAAAGGCUGCUACCUGAAGGACAACACUGCCUGGCUGGUGAUGGAGUACUGCCUAGGCUCUGCGUCUGACCUGUUGGAGGUUCAUAAGAAGCCUCUCCAAGAGGUUGAAAUUGCUGCCAUUACCCAUGGUGCCUUGCUAGGACUGGCGUACCUACAUUCCCAUAAUAUGAUUCACAGAGAUGUGAAGGCUGGGAACAUUCUGCUGACUGAACCAGGCCAGGUCAAACUGGCAGACUUUGGCUCCGCCUCCAUAGCCUCUCCUGCCAACUCCUUUGUGGGAACACCUUAUUGGAUGGCCCCGGAAGUUAUCUUAGCCAUGGACGAGGGUCAAUAUGAGGGCAAAGUGGACAUUUGGUCCCUGGGAAUAACAUGCAUUGAACUAGCGGAGCGCAAGCCGCCACUUUUCAACAUGAACGCCAUGAGUGCCUUAUAUCACAUCGCCCAGAACGAUUCCCCCACGCUGCAGUCCAACGAGUGGUCAGACCCCUUCCGGAGCUUUGUGGACUACUGCCUACUCAAGAUUCCUCAGGAUCGGCCGGCGUCGGGGGAGCUGCUGCGACAUGAGUUUGUGCGUCGGGAACGGCCCCCCAGGGUGCUCCUGGAGCUCAUCCAGAGGACCAAGGACGCGGUGCGGGAGCUGGACAACCUGCAGUACCGCAAGAUGAAGAAGAUCCUGUACCAGGAGAAACACCACGGCCCCCUGGGGGAGAGCCUGGAGGAGGAGGAGCAGGACAGCGAGCAGGCCAGCUGUAAGAUGAACAGCGUGGGCAGCAACCACUCUGUCCCCAGCACGUCCCUGAGCACGGGCAGCCAGAGCAGCAGUGUCAACAGCAUCCAGGAAGUCCUGGAGGACACCAUGAUGCACCAUGACUACGACAGCAGCCUGGAGACCCCUCCCCACGACAAGAUGGUGGCCACGGAGCAGCAGUAUAACUGGGAGGACGGCUUGCACAGGGAGCAGAGUGCGGAGCUGCGGUCCGCAUCGUCCGGCCGGAGCAGCCCGGCCUACAACUACAAAAACCAGGGACGUUUCGCCACCAUCAAGUCCGCCUCACUGGUGACCAAGCAGAUCCAGGAGCAUGAGCAGGAGAACGAGCUGCGGGAGCAGAUGUCGGGCUACAAGCGCAUGCGGCGGCAGCACCAGAAGCAGCUGAUCGCCCUGGAGAACAAGCUGAAGGCGGAGAUGGACGAGCACCGGCUGAAGCUGCACAAGGAGGUGGAGACGCAGGCCAACAACGCCUACAUCGAGCUGGAGAAGCUGGCCAAGAGGCACGCGGCGCACAUGGACAAGGAGAUGAAGACAGCCAGCACGGAUGAGAAGAAGUUCCAGCAGCAGAUCGUAGGGCAGCAGAAGAAGGAGCUCACCACCUUCCUAGACAACCAGAAGAAGCAGUAUAAACUGUGCAAGGAGAAGAUUAAGGAGGAGAUGAACGAGGACCACAGCACCCCUAAGAAGGAGAAGCAGGAGCGUCUGUCCAAGCACAAGGAGAACCUGCAGCACUCCCAGGCCGAGGAGGAAGCCACCCUCCUGGGCCAGCAGAGGGUCUUCUACGACAGGAACUGCCGCGCCUUCCGGCGCAAGGUCAUGAUCCGGAGGCAGGAGUUCGAACAGGAGCAGAUCCGGGAGGAGUUGAACAAGAAGAAGAGCCAGAAGGAGAUGGAGCACGCCAUGCUGAUCCGCCACGACGAGUCCAGCCAGGAGCUGGAGCGCCGGCAGCUGAAGACCCUGCAGAAGCUGCGGAUGGACCUGAUCCGGCUGCAGCACCAGACGGAGCUGGACAACCAGAUCGAGUACAACAACCGCCGCGAGCGCGAGCUGCACCGCAAGCACGUGCUGGAGCUACGGCAGCAGCCCAAGAACCUCAAGGCCAUGGAGCUGCAGAUAAAGAAGCAGUUUCAGGACACGUGCAAGGUGCAGACCAAGCAGUACAAGGCACUGAGGCACCACCAGAUAGAGGUGACCCCCAAGAGUGAGCACAAGGCGGUGCUGAAGGCCCUGAAGGAGGAGCAGACUCGCAAGCUGGCCAUCCUGGCCGAGCAGUACGACCAGAGCAUCAACGAGAUGAUGGCCUCACAGGCGCUGCGCCUGGACGAGGCCCAGGAAGCAGAGUGCCAGGCGCUGAGGCGGCAGCUGCACCAGGAGAUGGAGCUGCUCAGCGCCUACCAGAGCAAGAUCAAGAUGCAGACGGAGGCGCAGCACGAGAGGGAGCUGCAGAAGCAGGAGCAGAAGGUGUCCCUGCGCCGAGCUCACCUGGAGCAGAAGAUCGAAGAGGAGCUGGCCUCCCUUCAGAAGGAGCGCACAGACCGCAUCAAGAGUCUGCUGGAGCGCCAGGAGAGAGAGAUCGACUCCUUCGACAUGGAGAGCAUCCGCCUGGGCUUCGGCCACCUGGGGGUCCUGGACUAUCCCAAGGACGACUACAGAUGAGGGGGGUUCUGGCUCCUCACCGUGCCUGGGCUCAGCACUGCCUGGCUGGGUCACCCCCCUCCACCCCAACCCAGCAUGGUCUGCUCUGACCCGGGCCUGGUCUUUAGCUACUGAUGUCCUUACUCAAAUCCCCACCAAUAGCAGCCCAGCUCAAGGGGCUGGGCGGGGUCACGAGCCAACAGGCCCCUCCUCUCGUUGUUGACGUUAACAUAAAUGAUGCUGGAUGACUUCCAUUAGUUGUCAUGUUGUUGUUUUUGUGUAUGAGUAACGAUACAAUAUGUCACCGUGUUGCUGUUUCUUGUGCAAUGAUGACACUUAUGGGGGUAACUGAAAGUGGAAACGAGAGAGGAAGCAGGAGAGGUUUUGAGUGACAGUGCUGGCGAAAUUGCGUCAUUCGGAUCAUGCAUUUAGAGGAAAUCUGUCUCAAACUGUGCAAAAAGUUCAAAGCAGAAAAAGCCCAACGUGAAACAAACUGAAUCUUUCUUCCUCGGCUUCGCCUGGCUGCUUCAACUCUUUUUGGUAUUUAUUCAUCAGGAGAUUUUUAUCGCAAAUUAGAAAAAUUUGAUACGCAGACAACCUUUUGAAGCAAUGCUAUACAUGUAGGUACAUUUAAUAAAUGUGACUGAGAAUUUGAUAAUUAAGUUGGGGGGGCACAGAGGGGGAAUUGCAUCCUGGUACUUGGUGUUUCGUACUGAAUCUCUGCACUGGCAGCCAAUGUGAAUAAUACCACAUGUAUACUUCAACUCCCAGGUAGCACAAAGGGCUUUGAGGGAGGGAGGGGACAUGUAUUUUGUGUACAGAAGGAUUUAAGGAGAGCUUUUACUUAUUUUCGUAUUGUAUUUUAACUGUGACACGAUUCUUUUUUUUAAGCAAUGAUUUUGUUUCUCCCCCUCAUCGUGCAGUAUUUGAGGUUGAAUAAUCAGUCAACUGAAUAUUUCAGAAUUUCCAUUUAAAUCAUUUUCUGCUUUAGCCACAACUCUGAAGCUGUGUAUUUUCUUAUGAAUUACAUCAGUACUAUGCUUUACUAUUGCAUGCACUUUAAUUUCUUUUCCAGGUUAAGAGAACGCAUGAAUCUGUCAGAGCUUUUAAUUAUAUUUGUAAAUAAAGUGCUCAACACACA